UUAGCCAUAAGGUGUUCCCGCGUCAGCUAGACCACAAGCACCGACAAAAGCUGCGAAAAAGUCAGGAAUUUGUCAUAAUGAAGGGUUUCUUGUUUGUCGCCGCCUUUGCUCUUGCCUGGUAUGUCACAACAUGCGGAGCACUGAAGUGUCCAAGGUGCACCCUGCUGGACUCCAGGGCUGCGUGCCUGCGGGCUGCCCAGGUGACCUGUAGCGGAAAUAACCCCUACUGCAAGACCACUCAGACCAAGAAUCCACUCUUCAGUGGGGAGAAAUGGGCCAACGCGUGUGCAACAAAGGCGGCGUGUGACUCAGGCAAGGCAGCCAACCCCAGAACAUGCAAGCCUACGGAGGCCACUUCAGUCUGUGUCUACUGCUGCAACACUGACGGCUGCGUGGGCGCUGCAUCCGCCGCUCGGGUCAGCAUCGUCACCAUGGCAACCGCCGCCCUGGCCGUCCUCCUGAAGAACGCCGCGGGGUUCUAGCCAGCCGUACGUCGCCAUGACGACGGAUGACGUCAAAUGGUGUCAUUUCCGCUAAAGGCAAUGCAUUUUUAGCUUGCUGUCAGCUUCUCUGACAGAUAAUUCUGCUGAGAUCUAGACCAGAAAGACGUGUCUUAGUCCAGUCCGCUUAUUUCAGAUCAUUUUUGAUUUUGCGGGGGCGGUGCGAGUGGCUUAGACCGAAGCUGAAGAUUUAAUAUAAAGUUACAAAAAGAUUCUAUGCAAAACACAUACUGAGACGCCUAACAAAUCGAAUUUUAAUUUUUACAACAAUUCAAGCAACAUAUAAAAUUCAUUUUGCCAAAUCGCUCCGUGUCAAAACAAAUCAAUUUACUUAUUUUCUAAUGCUUUAACACAAAGGUAUCAUGAUUUUAGAUUUCAAUUAACGUUUUAUGGAAAUUUCGACUUGUUUGUAAAAAAAAAAUCGUCCUCCUUACACCGAGACGCCUGGUGCCUGCUUGCAGAGAAAUAAACUUGGUAAACUAAAAACAAGUCGGAUUGAUUUUUUUAUUAUCAUCAUCAAGUACUGCAGCUGCACUGUUCGUUAUAAUAAAGGGUCACUCGAGAAUGUAAUUGUUUAUAAUUCUCAACUUUGCUUCAAACGUCAUUUCAAAGUAGCUGUCACUUUUUCAAUUGUUCUUUUCAGCAAGACUAAGUGAUAC